AAUUACGUUACCGUUCGUUCUUAUAUCAAGUCUUAUUAGUCGUUGCUAAUUACUAAUAUUAUUGUUCGCGUACCAUGGCCAACGGUGUGCGGACGACUUUAUGGCAUUACAUUAGAAUACUACUCAAUGAAGUCUUUUGCAAAUGUAUUAGAUACACCAAAUGAUCAUUCAAUGGUUUUCGCAGUACCAGGAAAUACUGUUUAUUUUCAUCCAAAGAUCCCAGCGUUUGAUAUUAAAUAUAUUGAAGAUUGUUUUAAAUUCAAAGACUUUCCUGACCCAACAAAAUAUUUAAUUAAAAACACAAGUAAUGAAAAUUAUACUAAAGAUCAAAUAUUUGAUUGUUGGCUGCAUCAAAAUAAAUCAUGGUAUGAUUUAAACUCAGUUUCAGAAAAUCAAAAAAACUCUGAUGAGGAUUCUGAUAUGUCUACUAUCAAUUUCCAUAUGGCUACUACUUCAAUAAGUGAUUCAUUUUCAAGAAUCACAAAAAUACCCUAUUCUCAUAAAGAAGAUGUCAGUAUUGUUAAAUACAUUAUCAAAAACAAAUAUGCUUUCAAUGUCAAUGCGGUAUCAAUGUGGCGACGUAUGGAAUAUGAUAACGUAUGUAAAUAUCGGUCAUGGCAAUCAAUGAGACAGAGAUACAUAAAAUAUAUUAAGAACGAUUUAAUUUCAAAAAAACAUCGUUUUCCAUUUCUCACUCCAAAAAAAUUGCAAAUAUUAUUGGAAGGUUUAAGUAAUGUAAAAAAGAAAAAUCUCAAUAAAAAAGCAGACAAAUCCAGAUUCAGCAGAGCACGGAAUUAUUAUGGGUCAUCUACAGACAGUAGUUCCUAAUUAAAUCAUUUAGUAACAAAUAUAGCAGAGGUUCCCAAUCUUUUCACGGUACAACCCAUUUUGAAAAAUUUUUGAAUUUCGACAAUUCAAUAUACUAAUGUAUAUAUUUUAAAAAAAGCCGAAAAUGCCCCAUAAUUUUUAUUUUUAAUACAAUUUGGUAAUUUAGUAAUUAAUAAGGUAUAAUUAUCAUUUUAAUUGGAGUUCAUGUAAAUAAAAACCGUUGAGUAUGCAAAGUAAUGGGGAAAUCAUAAUGUCAUGCUAAAAUCCUGCGGAACAAAUCACUUUUUAUGUAGGAAAAAUAGAAUAUUACUAUGCAAUUAUAAAUGGUACGACAGUUUGUCCUGUCAAAUUAGAUAAUAUAAUAAAUCAGCGUUUCUCAAAUAGUGGGUCGCGACCCACUACCGAACCACGAGAAUAUAAUAAUAUAAUACCGGGUUGCAGAAUUUAAUAAAAUUCUCAUAUUAAAUUUUAUUAUAAAAUUCUAUGUGGACAUUCAAAUGUGUUUUAUUUUGCCUUUUUUCGCACAAUGAUAAAUAUAAAAUAUAUUGGUGGGUUACUAGGGGGAAAAGUACUAAUUACCGGGCCAGUUCAAACAAUAGUUUAGGAAACACUGUAAUAAAUGGCUGUAAUAAUAUUAUUUUAAUAUGUACCUAUUUAUAUUUUCCUUACUUAUAACAAGUUUAAGCUAUUAAUACAAAAAUUACGAAUUUUCAAAAAUAAGAAAACAGAUAUAUUUUAUGU